AUGGAUGAUCAUAGUGUGGAUGGUGAUCAAGGUGAUAAUUAUGUUUCUAAGGAUGGUUCAAAGCAGUCUCUUACUGAUGAUGAUAUUGAUCCCUUGUCCUUGCCAUAUUGUGCACAGGCAAUUAAGAUGGACAAGUAUGAAUUGGUUACUUGGCUGGAUGAUUAUGCUUCUUUCCCAGCAAAAAUUUCUGUUAGGAGUAGGCUUACAUUGUUAGCUAAAUUUAGAAAAUUGUUGAGAGAUCAAAAAUCGAGGAAAAUGUUCAAGCAUUCAUGUUUUGGUCAGUUUAGAAAAUUGACACAACACUUCAUUAAUUUUAAUGGACGGAUGAUCCACUAUCUGCUCCUUCGUCAUGUGGAUGAGAAAAAGAAGCGUGAGAUGUGGUUCCUCGUCAAUGACAAGCUUGUAUGUUUUGGCCAGAAUGAGUUUGCUUUGAUAACUGGUUUAGAUUAUGGAUCCUAUCCCAGCCAAUCUAGAAAGGACAAGGUACUUAAGAAAGGGGCAGGAUUCUGCUCAAAGGUUACUCGCAACAAGAAGAUUUCACCAAGAAAGCUAUUGUCUUUGGUAAGAGCUUCUAGGCUAAACAAAGAAGAAAUGCUUAAAUGUUGUCUUGUAUGGUUCCUGCAUGUAAUCUUGCUUGCCAAAUAUAUAACCAAGGGUGUGGAACAUGAUAUGAUUAAAAUGGCUGACGACUUGGAAUUCUUCGAGAGAUAUCCUUGGGGAAAGGAAUCCUUUGAACUCACCUUGAAAUACUUGAAGCACAAGGUAGACAUCCCCAGGCACCAACAAACCCACGCUGAUAAGAGGACCGCAUCAUAUGCUCUCUACGGAUUUCCAUGGGAAUUCAUGGUCUGGAUAUAUGACGUUUUCCCCGUACUUGGAAGGAAUGCUGGCAAAUCAAAUGAGGUUCAUUUGCCUAUUCCUAGGAUGCUUAGAUGGCACGCUAUAAAAAUGGAGCGAUUUACUGAAGGUGAUCCAUUUAGGAUUGCAACGAAAGCUUCAGAGGCUCCUAGUAGGUCAGGAAAGGAGCCCAAGGAGGUUUUUGAUGUGAAGGAUAGUCAGUCGGAAGAUUUUGGUGAUAAUUCAGUCCCAAAAGGUGAUGGGGGACGUUUUGGAGUUGGGACGUCUAAGGAUCGUGCGGCACCAAGGGGGCUAUCAAUGCAGGUGGAGCAGGAGGGAUCGCAACAACGUGUGGAGAAGAUGGAGGAAUCUUUGAAGGUUCUUGUCGCCUAUGUGGAGGAGGAAAGAUUCAGACGGAGCCAGAAAGAGAAGAAGAAGAAGAAGAAGAAGAAGAAGCUGGAGACUCUCAAAGAGAAAGUGCAAGCACCUAUGGUUCAGCCAACUGCUGAGGUCCCUAGAUCAAUUGUUGAGGUUAAGAAGGUUGAGGUCUCUAGACCAGCUACUGAGGUUAAGGAGAUUGAUGUCCCUAGACCAGCUGCUGAUGUUGAGAAGGUUGAGCUCCCUACACUAGCUGUUGAUGUUGAGAAGGUUGAGUUCCCUAGACCAGCUGCUGAGGUUAAGGAGAUUGAUGUCCCUAGACCAGCUGCUGAUGUUGAAAAGGUUGAGCUCCCUAGACCAACUGCUGAUGUUGAGAAGGUUGAGCUCCCUAGACCAGCUGUUGAUGUUGAGAAGGCCGCACAUGUCCCUGUGCGAGUUGCUCAAGUUGAGAAGGCAACAGAUGUCACUGUGCCAACUGCUGAAGUUGUGAAGGAAAAAGAUGUCCCUGCUCAAGUUAAUGAGAAAGAAGCUAGUGAGACGAGUCAAACUGAUCUUCAGUUUGACCCUGAAAAAGUUGUGUCGGGCGUUGUUGGCCAGAUUAAUAGUUCUUUGGAUAAUUAA